CUGCAUACAUCUUUUUGCUGAUUGCCACUCCUCUGUCUUUUCUCUCUCUCUCCUACACUCCUACUACUUUCUUCUCUCUCCAUAAUCCCAUAUCAUAAACCCAAAAUGCAACUCUCACUCUCCACCACCACCACUAUAAUUCUAACUCUGUUUUCACUCCUCCUCCACCCUUCCUCCGCCACCCAUCUCCGUCGUCUCCUCCACCACCCAUUCUUCUCUCCUUCCCCUCUCUCUUCCCCACCUUCCAUCUCUCCUUCCCAACCCAAACACCCCUUCUCCUCUACUCCCACCACCUCCACUUUCUCCGGCAACACCGACAACCCUUUCUUCCCUUCCUACACUUCUCCUCCUCCACCUCCACCUCCACCACCUUCCCCCACCACCUCUCUUCCCACUUUCCCAGCCAACAUCUCCUCUCUCUCUCUACCUUCUUCCUCCUCUCACCACUCCUCUCAUUCCCCUCUCUCCUCCAAACUCCUCCUCAUCAUCGUCCUUCUCUCUCUUCUCACUCUCUCUCUCUUCCUCUCCCUCUCUCUCCUCCUCCUCCGCCGCCACCGCCACAACAACAACAACAACAACCUCCACUCUCCUUCCCCUCUCUCUCCUCCUCCACCACCACCACAUAAAACUACCUCCUUCUCUUCCGACAUUGUACAACUUCCUUCAACUAGCACAGAAAUUUACCUUAAACUCUGUGAAGGUGGAGAUAACUCCCCUGAACUCCGCCCUUUACCUCCUCUCCCUAAAACUAGCUCCCUCCAUGUCAGCUUUGAACAAACUCAACCUCAAUCUCAACACCAUGAAGAGUUCUUCUCCCCUACAAGCUCCACUCAUAGAGUUUACUUCCAUGACUAUGGUCUUAAUGUUUCCCCUGAUAGAACUUACUCUGAUUCUGUCGCGUCUGAUUCUGACAUUUCUGUUGAGAUACAGACACUUGCUGCUAGAACCAUGAAUCUUCCGGUCACCGGGAAACUGCCUCCGCCGGUUCCACCGCCUCCCCCGCCGGCUCCGGUGAUGGGACCUCCGCCGUUGGUGCCGCCGUCUGGGCCGGUGGUGUUUAAAACGAGUGGGAAUUUAGGAGAGAGAAAGAGUAGUGGAGAGAGAAAGGAGGAAAUUGGGAAGACUAAAUUGAAGGCGUUACAUUGGGAUAAAGUUAGGGCUAGUUCUGAUCGAGCUAUGGUCUGGGAUCAGCUUAAACCUGGCUCUUUUCAGUUAAAUGAAGAAAUGAUAGAGACAUUGUUUAAGGCAAAUGGUCCAAAUAUAGCUACAAAAGACGGCCCUCGUAGAUCAAUACUCCCUCUGUUAGAUGAAGAGUAUCGGGUACUCGAUCCGAAGAAGUCUCAGAACAUAGCCAUUUUAUUGAAAGCUCUCAAUGUGACAGAGGAAGAAGUUUGUGAAGCACUUUUGGAAGGUAAUGCAGAUGCCCUUGGAACAGAGCUUCUCGAAAGUUUACUAAAGAUGGCUCCUACCAAUGAGGAAGAAAGGAAACUCAGGGAGUACAGUGAUAAAUCACCUUUGAAGCUUGGUCCGGCAGAAAAGUUUCUGAAGGCAAUACUCGAUCAUGUACCUUCUGCAUUUAAGAGAGUCGAUGCUAUGCUUUACAUUGCAACUUUCGAUUCCGAAGUUGAGUAUCUUAGGAAGUCUUUUGAAACACUGGAGGCAGCAUGUGCAGAACUUAGAAACAGCCGAAUGUUUUUGAAACUUCUAGAAGCAGUCCUUAAGACAGGAAACCGUAUGAAUGUUGGAACAAACCGUGGUGAUGCUCAGGCCUUUAAGCUCGCCACACUCCUCAAGCUCAUUGACGUGAAGGGAACUGAUAAAAAGACCACCCUUUUACACUUUGUCGUGCAAGAGAUCACUAGAUCUGAGGGCUCUCGUCUUUCCAGCACCAAAAUUAAUCAACCAUCUCUGGAAAACGAAAUCGAAUUAAGAAAGAAGGGAUUAGAAGUUGUUUCUGGCCUAGGAGGGGAGCUCAUGAAUGUCAAGAAAGCAGCUGCCAUGGAUUCCAACUCCCUUUCCAUGGAUGUUGCAAAGCUAGCUCGGGGAAUCAUAAGAGUAAACGAAGUUCUGCAGUUAAAUAAAAAAUCUGGAAUAAUUGGGAAUAACAAGAGGUUUGCAGAAUCUAUGAAUAGUUUCUUAAAGAAGGCUGAGAUGGAGAUUGUAAGGAUUCAAUCCCAAGAGAGCUGUGCUCUUUCCCGGGUAAAGGAGUUAACUGAGUAUUUUGAUGGUAAUUUGGGUGUGGAAGAGGCCCAACCGUUGAAGAUUUUUAUGGUGGUGAGAGAUUUUCUUGGUGUUCUUGAUCAAGUAUGCAAAGAAGUCGGGAAAGUAAAUGGGAGGACGGUUAUAAGUUCAGCUCGUCCGUUCCCACUAUCGGUAAAUCCAACACCCCCACCACCUUUUCCGGAGUUUAGUGGGAAAAUGCAAGGAGAAAGUUCAUCUGAUGAUGAAAGCUUCACUGGAAAUUAAUGCUUUCAAUUGGUAUUUUGUGUUUAUUCUUUUUGGUAAAUCUUCACUUGGUUGGCCUCACCAGUAUGCAAUCAUAUAUAUUUAUAUAUCUGAUGUACAAAGAUCCUUGCAGAAGGUUCUUGCAUGUGUAUGCCUGCUGAAACUUCUGUUUGCGGUUUUGUAUAUUUUGUAAAAAGUAAUAGUAUAGCUCAUAAAUUGCAUGUAUGAUGUAGUUCAAUAAUCAACUGGCAAUAGUAUUCUAUUGCAGUAGUGAUUUUGACUAUUGAAACCGAUUGUAAUUUACUACAUUA